AUGUCCGGGCUCCACGCGGAUCGAUUUCCUCGGAAAAGCUGCGAAUGGAGCCUCAUGGAGCCUGCCGGCGGUGUGGUGGACGUGCACGCGGACAGCGACGACCUGGUCACCGAAGUGGUGGACGUCACUGGGGGCUCCGAUGACGAGGAUCUGGUGGAGGUGAAGCAGGGCGCGCCGCCCCAGUACUUCCACGGCUAUCGCCGCGGCCGGGAGCUCGGUCGCGGGGCUUCCGGCCAGGUCUUCGUGUGCAACAAGAAGGGCACGCAGGGCGGGGGCUUCGCGGUGAAGGCGGUGGACCUGCGCCGGCUCCACUUGCAGCCCAACGCGGAGCGCGAAGAGAAGAAGCUGAGCCGCGAGGUGGAGAUCUUGAAGCGCUUGCCCCCGCACCCGGCCAUCGUUCAGCUCUUUGACACCUUCGAGGAGGGGGAUUGGUUCCUCUUGGUCUUGGAGCUGGUGGGCGGCGGCGACCUCUACACGGUGCUCACCAACCGCGAGCCCCCGCGGCUGCACGAGAAAGAGGCCGCCUUCGUGCUGGCGCAGCUCGCGGAGGGCCUGGGCUUCUUGCACAGUCAGGGCAUCAUCCAUCGAGACAUGAAGCUGGAGAACGUGCUGGUUGCUGGGGAGAGGAGGGAGAAGCCGUUCACGCUCUACACGGUGAAGAUCACAGACUUCGGGCUGUCCAAGGCCAUCGGGGCGGGCUUCAGCGAAGCGCGGUCCACGGUGGGCACUCGCCCAUAUACAGCGCCCGAGGUCUUGAGGGAGGACUCUCACGACUUCAGCUCGGACUUGUGGUGCCUCGGGGUGCUGCUUUUCGUGCUCCUGGCCGGGCACUUCCCCUUCUCCAAGAUCCCCACGAGGCAGGAGGAGCUGGUGGCCAUCGUGGGGAAGCUGAAGAUCAGCGAGACCGCGAAGUCGGUGGUCCUUGGCCUCUUGCAGCUGGAGCCGCGACAAAGGAUCGAUCUGGCCACCCUGAACCGCCACGAGUGGAUCUCUGAGGUGGAGAGCCAGGACGAGUCGGAGAAGCCCAAGCGCACCCGCUCGGUGACCCCAUCCCCGUCCCUAGCGAAUGUCCCGGAGAAGGAGGCGAUACCUUCCGCCAAGGACAAGGAGGACUCCGCUCCCGGCGCCGCCGUGCCCGAGCCGCCCGCGCUCACCGCCAGCCCCGCGUCCGGGCCCGGAAUCCCGCCGCCCCCGCCCCCGCCGCCGGCGGAGCUGCCGCCAACGGCAAAGCGCAACAUCCACAUGGUUCAAGGGGAGGUGGCACCGGCGAGUCUGCAGCCAGAGGUGAUGCAGGUGCACAUGGUGGUGCCGGACCGGCUGGCAGGAACAGUCAUGAAGGGCGUGAAGCAUCUUUCGUCCACCCUGGGCUGCCAGGUAAGGAUGAUCUCCAGGAAGACUGUGGGGGAUCAUCGCGUGGUGGAUCACCGGAUCGUGAUCAUCGGCAACUACCACCAGUGCAUGAUCAUCCAGGAGUUGGUCUACGGGCGCAUGGUGCAGGCCAUCCGAGCCGAAGGCCUGGAGCCCACCCUGGAGACCUCCGUGACUUUGUUCAUCCGAGCGGAGGCGGCGGGAGUGGUCAUCGGCAAGCAGGGCUGGGUCUUGGGCCGGGUCAGGAAGCAGUCGAACGCGCGCAUUCAGCUUCUUCGGGAGGAGAUCCGGGGUCAGAGGCCCUGCAUCAUCGAGGGCACCUUGCAGAACAUCCUCAGCGCCGAGAAGCACGUCUUCGACCUGGUGGCUGCAGUGCCCGUGCAGACCGACGCAGGCGUGGGCAUCCCUGGGCGGCGGUUUCUGUCGGGCCCCAACCUGCCGCGGACCCGGGUCUCCGGAGAGCCCUUCACCGGCACAGUGGUGAGCUGGAAGGGCGCAGUGGGCUGGAUUCAGCCAGAGCAGCCCUUGAACCACCCCAAGGCCUUUGCGCAUCGUCAGGGCCAGCUGUACGUCCACAUCAAGGACGUCUUGGGUGGCGAGAUGCUGGCACUGGGCCAGCAGGUGAGGUUCCACGUCUACGAGGACAGACCUGGGGAGCCAGACCCGUUUCGGAUCGUGCCGGACUCGGCGCAGAGCAGUGCUACGCCAUCUGAGACGGCGCGGCCCUGUUUCUUGCUGCUAGAGGGCGGCAGCUUUCGCAGCCGGCGCAACGCAAGGGCGACGGCAUGCGGCGACAGGCCCGGCGCGGUCGUGGUGGGGCGCAGCGACUUGACCGCCAAUGCGGCCGGCAGCCUGUGGCACUGCGGUGGCGAAACCGAGUCAGGGGUGGUGUUGUUGGACCAGUGCUCUGUGUCCGGCAGUCCCGCACCCAGCACCAACUCCGCCAGCCCGGCGGUGGUCGUCGGCGCCUUUGCCCGCUUAGCGCUGUGGGACUGCUUCGCUCCCACGAUGAAGAGUGGCACACUGGCUGCUGUCAUACGAGCAGAGGCCCAUUCUAGCGCCCUGGUGGCUGGGGACGGGCCCACCUUAGGCUGGCCUGGGUGGACCCCGAAAUCCCGGCGCUCCAGGCCCGAAGUGCCCACCGGGCCAUCCAUCGGCAAAGGUGUGGUGUCCUGGCUGGACGUCAGCGGGAAUCCGCUUUCGCCCGUGAAGGAGCCAUCGGCCUCGCGCCCUUCCUCGGCCUCGCAGUCCUUACAGAACUGGCCAGCAGCCUGGCCCCGCGGUCGGACCACCUCCACGGUGUCUGCCUUCUCAGAGCUGGACAAACCGGACGAGCCCAAGCCCGUGGAGAAGGACACGCAGGUGGAGGUUCCUGUAGACGUCUCCGCAGAGGAGCCGGCUGAAGUGCCGGAACUGGAGACAACGGUGGAGACGGCCACCGAGGUCUCCGAGGUGCCUGAGGAGGUGUCAGCGCCUGCAGAGGGCCAUGAUGCUUGGCUGAGGCUGAGAAUGGAGGGCAAGGCUGCAACCUUUGGCACCGAGGCAGAUCGGGUGACUUUGUUCGAGAUCCUCCAGAUGCUGGCGGUAAAGGAUGCUCACAAAGAGGAGGUCCUGGAUACUGUCGGGCUGGGUGGCCAGAUCAAGCCCCAGGACAUUGUGUACCUGCGGGGUCACACUGGCCGCUGGAUCACCACCAAAAACAGCACCAAGAUCCUGUGCAACGCCGCGGAGCGUGCGCAAGCGGCCACCUUCGUGAUCGAGUUCAAGGGCUUGGCCUUGAAGAGCGAUUGCCGCGUGGGCUUUAAAUUGGAGCCCGCUCCGGAGCAGCCGCUGUGGUUGGGAGUUCUGCAGUCAGAAGUUGGCUUGCUGACCAAAGGUGAGGGAACUUCAGACAACCCCAUGCGCUUCGUAGUGCAAACAGCGGGCACCAUGCUGUCCGGCACGCCAGUGCACCUGAAGUCCAUGGCCACGGGCAAGCUGGUGGAGGUGGAUGGGGGCGACGUUCGAGCCCGCAGCACCAACCACGGCACGCGCCAGCGGAUUUUGGUGGAGAAGAUGCCGACUGGGAUCCCCACGCCGGAGCCCUGCGGAGACUUGGAGCUCACCGUGGAACAGAGGGCCUGGAUCUACCUCCGCGCAGCUCAGUGCUCACUGGUGGACAGACAGGCCCUGGCGCGCUUCCUCAGCAGCCCCAAGCCCCACUGCAAGGAGCUCUUGAAGGCUUAUACCAAGCUAUGGGAGUCCGAAUGGCGCUUAGACUGGCGGGCCCAGUUGGAACUGGAGGAGGAGGGCCCGGCGAGUUCCCCAGGCAGCCGCCAGUCCUCGCGCAGCGGGUCGCUGGGCCCUGCCACCACUUCGGACUCCUCAAAGCCAAGGGCGCGGUCCCAGUCAAGAAGGCGGAUGAGCAGAACAGACUGGUUCCUGGGCAUUGUGGGGGGCGUUUCCUCCACCACGGACGACAAGAGCAAUGGGAACCUCUUUGUGUCGGCCAUGCGCUCCUUCUUCGCCAACGCGAUCCGGAUGUCGCAGCUGGAGGCUGACCCUGUGCAGCGGGUCAUCGAGGCCUUCGCUGAAGCUCUGGUGGCAGACGCCGCGUUCCUCACAUGCUUCGAGGCCUCCAUGUUGCCGGAGAAGGAGCGUCAGACCUACCGCACCCCCGACGAGGUCCUUUUCGGGUUGGCCUACACCACGUUGAUGCUGAACACGGACAUGCACAACAAGCAAGUGGCUGCAAAGAUGUGGGACCACAAGAAGUUUGCCGAGCUCCCAGCUGACUGCUGA